AUGCCUCCCCGAAUAUCUCCCACCGCAGUCUCUCGAACCUUUCCGACCACACCCACAAUCCACACUCAUUGCAAAUCAUGCUUCCAGCGAGCCUUUUCCUCAACCCCUUCGCAGUCCCAGACUAAACUCCGAGAGCAAUUCUGGCUAUGGCUCCGCGGACCCGGAGAGAACUUCCGCCACCCCCUUCCGGGGUCGACGAAUUACCUGUCUGCAUACGACAAGAGAGGAAACCUCAUUCGCGGCAGAGGCCAAGAGCCGUCAGGAGAGUCCGUAAAGGAAAAGAGCCCGGACGAUGCCGUGACGGCCGAUGAAGAAGCUCUCGAAGCAGCUGUUGCGGAACAUGAGCAGGAAUACAAGCUCCCUAAAGAGUCUCUGGAUGAUCUACGGCCGUUUCCCUGGAACAAGAAUUUUGUGAGCCAGAGUAUUCUGUCCGAGGAUCUCAGAACCGAGAUCUGGGAACGAGUGCAACGACAGGGCAAGUCGGUGAGGCAGGUUUCGAUGGAGAUGGGCGUGGAUAUGAGAAGGGUAGCCGCAGUGGUGAGGCUGGUAGAGGUCGAAAGGAGGAUGAGGACAGAGGGCAAACCUCUCGCUAUCCCGUACGCUCGUGCCGUCCACGGUAUGGUGCCGCUCACGACUCUCAACCCAACGACGCGCUUGCCCCACGAGCCUCAUGAGUCUAUCAAUGAUUUAGAACAGCAUCCCCUCACCUUUCCACAAAUCUUCUAUCCAGCCUCGGAGUCACGUGCCUUCAACCGUACCGAUGCAGGAAGAGUGUUUAGUGGUGCACCACGACUUACCGAUGAGCGAGAGAACGCCAUCAAUGAAGGAGUCCACGAGGCGUGGCGGGAUUCCAAACCCGAGAUUAUUGGCCGACCGGGCCAUACACGCACAGUGUUGAAACCAGCAGACUCACGCAUUCCACAUCCGCAUUUGAUCGCAUUUGAGAAGGACAAACUGAACCGCUCGCUCACGCCACUCGAGAGACGCGCACGCCAUCGUGAGCGCUUGCAGAAGGAUGAAGAGAGACGGCGAGCUCUGAAGGAAAAGUUGCAGCAGGAGGAGGAAAGCAAGAAGACGAGGAUUGACGUGGGCAGGUGGCAGUUUGUGGUCACAGAAGUACAGAGUACCCGACAAGGAACCGGUCUGGAUGGCCGGGGCUCUGGUAAGGGCGCGGUGGGCCAAAGAUACGGUGUGCCCAGCCAGGAGAGGAAGAAGGGCCAAGUCAAGAUUCCUGUCAAAGUGGAUGUGUAG